UCUGCAGCGGCCGCGUCCCUGAACAUAUACUGCAGAGGGCUGAAGAGAUUGGGUUUGUUGUACCCACAGAUGUACAACUAGAAUCAUUACCAACUUUGCUAUCUGGACGAGAUUGCAUAAUUCAUGCUCAGAGUGCACAGAAAAUCUAAACACACUCUUCCGGGUAAUCCCCUAGCUCCAGUUGAAGUCUUCGGCGGUGUUUGGUGAAAGGCAUUUAAAAAGAUAAAUUCUUAGAACCUUCCCCAUCUAAAAUAUAAUCUGUUCACAGAUCUUUCAUUGUAUUUCUGUAGUUCCUUCUUUAUUAUAAACGUUAUGAGGAGGGCUUGCCAAAUAGGACAGCUUCUUGUCUCACUCUGAAACAAGGUGGGGCCCACCUUUCAGUGAUCCAACCUUUUCAUUUGGUGGGCUUCCAUGCUCAAAAUUUCCUGCACUAUAUAGUCAACGGUCCAAAUUCAACGAGAAAAGAUCUGCUCAUCGUAUGGCUUGGACUUUUCAUAAGGGAGACUUGUAGGACAUGGCUCCUUCAGGAUUCGUACCACCUGCUAAAUGGCCUGGAUCAUAGGAAGUAGGCUUAUCGGUAUAGUCGAUGGCUGAACAAAAAAUGCCAUUCAAUUUGGUUGAACAUUGUUUUUAUGAAUAGAACACACAACCAGUUAAAAGGUGUUUCCUGUUUGGAUGUUCAACAAAAUUAAACAGUAGUUCCCGUGUGGCCAGCAAACAUAGAGGUUGGCCCACCUUCUGGUCGAGUACAUAUCAUCAACUAUUAUAGUUCUCCUAUGCAUACGAUUGGCAGUAGUCAGGAAUCUUUCUAGAGUUCCAUGUACUGCUCGCCAAUGUUUAGAAUUUUGCAUCCAUCAUCAUGCAUGUGUGAAAAUUCAAUAUGUUGGAAGCUAUGGUUGAUUACUCUAUCUCAAACAAGUAGUCAGCAAUGUUUAGUAUUCUUCCUGUGACUCCUGCAAUAGAUGAUCUAUCAGCUAUGAUUUAUUUAAUGAGGCUAAUGUAUUACUUUAUUGGCACUCUAGACAGGUUCAGGGAAGACACUAGCAUACUUGUUAUUAAUAUUUUCAGUCAUAGAUGUUCGAAGAUCUGCGAUACAAGCACUGAUAGUUGUGCCCACUAGAGAACUAGGCAUGCAAGUUACAAAAGUUGCUAGGAUGUUGGCUGCUAGGCCUACAGAACAUGGUUCAGAACAGAAGGCAUGUACUGUCAUGGCUCUUUUAGAUGGAGGGACAUUGGAAAGACAUAAGAGUUGGCUAAAGGCUGAGCCCCCACAAAUAAUUGUUGCCACUGUACGGAGCUUGUGCCAAUUGCUCGAGAAGAAGAAGUUAAAACUUGAAGCAAUGCGAGUUCUUGUAAUCGAUGAGGUUGAUUUCAUGUUCCAUUCAUCAAAACAAGGGUAUUCUCUUCGAAAGCUUUUGACAUCAUACUCAACAAUCAAUAACCGUCAGACUAUUUUUGCUAGUGCAUCUAUCCCCCAGCACAAUAGGUUCCUAUAUGAUUGUAUUCAGCAGAAGUGGACCAAGAAUGAUGUGGUCCAUGUCCAUGUGAAUCCGAUCGAGCCCAUGCCUUCGUGCCUUCGUCAUAAGUUUGUUCUUUGUCAUAAAAACAGAAGGCUGCAUGUUUUGUUAUCCAUGCUAAGGAUUGAUAGACCAAAAUCUGCCAUUAUUUUUGUCAAUGAGCAGUCUGAGAAUUCAAAAAAGGCUGGAAAUCCUCCUUCAACAACUUCUGUCGUCGAAUUCUUGAAAUCCUCAUACAGUGAAUGUUUAAACAUUCUUCUUCUGGAGGAAGACUUGAAUUUCAAUGCACGAGCGGUUUCACUAUCUGAAGUGAGACAGGGAGGAUGUCUUCUGGUGGCAACUGAUAUAGCGGCCAGAGGUGUUGACCUGCCUGAGACGACGCAUAUAUACAAUUUUGAAUUGCCCAAAACUGCAGUGGAUUAUCUCCACCGGGCUGGCAGGACUGGCAGGAGGCCAUUCUCGGAUGAUGCAUGCACGGUCACUAACAUGAUAACACCCAAUGAGCGUUUCGUUCUGCAGAGGUUUGAAAAUGAGUUGAUGUUUCAAUGUGAAGAGUUAUGUUUAGAUUGAUAUUACAUCUUGCUUGCUCAAUUUGUUGUCGAGUCUAUGGAGCU